UCCCUCUGCAAGUGUUACAGUUUGUAAAUGAGAACAGAAGGGCUUCUGUAGAAACCCGAAAAGCGCAGACAACAGACGCCAGGGACUUCCCGGCCCCUUCUCUGGACAACCUAACUUGGUUUCCGUACGAUCCUUGUUGCUCUGAAGAGUGAAUCAGCCGGCACAUGCGUGCACCGGAGAGAGGUCCUUGACUCAGAGCUGAGAUCGUGUCUCCCGGCAAGAGGACCCAGAGGGCUGGUCCCCCCCGAGAAGCAGCCGUUCGCUUACCUACAGCCGGCCUGGCCCAGAGACAGCCCUUCAGGAAAUACAAGGACAGAGAGGACAUGUUACAUCUGGAACACUCUUGCUUGUUUUUCAGGAGCUGGCUGGCUCUGACAGUCAGUGUGCUUCUGGAUUUGAAGCCCUCAGCUUGCCGCAGUCUAUCUGGUUCCCGUCCGAAUAUCCUUCUCCUGAUGGCAGACGAUCUCGGCAUUGGAGAUGUCGGCUGCUAUGGCAACGACACCAUAAGGACUCCGAACGUUGACCGCCUUGCCGCGGAUGGCGUAAUGCUCACCCAGCACAUCGCCGCGGCUUCCGUGUGCACGCCAAGCAGAGCCGCUUUCCUAACAGGCAGAUACCCUCUCCGAUCAGGUAUGGUGUCCAGUAAUGGUUACCGUGUUCUUCAGUGGACGGGCGUAUCUGGAGGACUUCCACCAAAUGAAACAACUUUUGCAAAAAUAUUGAAAGAUAAAGGCUAUGCCACUGGACUCAUAGGAAAAUGGCAUCUGGGUCUCAACUGUGAAUCCUCCGAUGAUUACUGCCACCACCCGCUCAGCCAUGGCUUUGGCCAUUUCUACGGAAUGCCGUUUUCCAUGAUGGGAGACUGUGAGCCCGGGGAAAUGUCUGAAAAGCGGGCAGGCUUGGAGCAUAAACUCAACGUCUGCUCGCAUGUCAUGGCGUUGGCCGCCUUUACACUCACCGCUGGGAAACUCACUCGCCUGGUAGCGGGCUCCUGGACUCUGGUCAUCUGCUCAGCCAUUGUGGCCCUACUGUGCCUCACGACCUCCUAUUUCAUGGGUGCCCUGAUUGUUCACGCCGACUGCUUUCUGAUGCGAAAUCACGCCAUCACCGAGCAGCCCAUGUCCCUUCAAAGGACGACGGCUCUUAUGCUCAAGGAGGUCUCAUCCUUUGUCAAAAGAAACAAGCAAGGACCUUUCCUCCUCUUCGUGUCCUUUCUACAUGUCCACACCCCUCUCAUCACUACCGAGAACUUCCGAGGGAGGAGUCCCCAUGGGCUGUACGGGGACAACACAGAAGAGAUGGAUUGGAUGGUGGGGCAGAUCCUUGAUACCUUGGACACGGAAGGUUUGACCAACAGUACCCUCGUUUAUUUUACGUCGGAUCAUGGGGGAUCCUUAGAGGCUCAGUUUGGAAACAAUCAAUAUGGUGGCUGGAAUGGGAUAUAUAAAGGUGGCAAAGGCAUGGGCGGCUGGGAAGGUGGGAUCCGGGUCCCAGGGAUACUCCGGUGGCCCGGGGUGCUGCCCGCUGGCCGCCUGAUCCACGAGCCCACCAGCCUGAUGGAUGUCUUCCCCACCGUGGUCCAGCUGGGGGGUGGCCAGGUGCCCCAUGACAGGGUGAUUGAUGGCCGGGACCUGCUGCCCUUGCUCCUGGGGACAGCCCAGCACUCGGAGCACGAGUUCCUGAUGCAUUACUGCGAGAGCUUCCUGCACGCAGCCCGGUGGCACCAACGGAACACUGGAUUCUCCAUCAUCGUCUGACUGGAGUUGCUUGAGGUUUUCUGUUUCCAUGAAUCUUUUUAAAUCCAGCUCUUGGAUUUACUAAACAACUGUAUUUUUAAAUUUUCUAACUGCUUGAGUUCUGCCUCUGCCUUGGUCUGUGGUAACAGACUUUCAGCUAUUUGAGUUUCUUCUCUUUUCUUCAUUUCUGUUUCCCUCUCUAUUAUUCUGCAUUUUGCCCUGACAUUUUCUCCCUUUUUUGUGGAUUUGCCUUAAGGACUUGGUUUUCUUCCAGGGUUUGGGAAGGCCUAUAGCCCUCUUGCAAUUCAACUCACUCUUUUUUCUUUAUGCCUCAAAACCAUUCUCUGGACAUGUCCAGUUGUCUGAAACAAGAAUAAAAGAAUACCUUUUGGAAUCCCCCUUAUUUGAGGAAGUUACCAAUAGAUUUUUAAAAAAUCUCCCUCCUUUUCCUGUCCAUCCUUUCCAGUAGUAUCAUCAUCUGGGAUGAUUUUUAUUGCUACAUUUUUGGGUUUUUAAGAAUUUCAUAACAUAGAUUUCCUCUUUUAAGAUUAAAAAAAAAAAAAAAAAAACUUUCACUCAGGGACUUCCCCGGAAGUCCAGUGGUUAAGACUCCGUGCUUCCACUGCAGAGGGGGACGGGUUCAAUCCCUGGUUGGGGAACUCAGAUCCUGCAUACCAUGGGGCGUGGCAAAAAAAACAACAAAAACUUUCAUUCAAUUACCUAGCACAAUCUACAACUAUUUAUGCUUACGGAUAAUUUUUAUUGCUACAUUUUUGCCUUUUUAAACUUACAUACUAUAGAUUUCCCCUUUUAAGAUUUUUUAGAAAACUUUCAUUCAAUUGCACAGUUCAGUCUACCAGCAUUUAUGCUUAGGGAUGAUUUCUAUUGCUACGCUUUUGAUUUUUUAAAGUCACAUAUUAUAGAUUUCCCUUUUUAAGGGUUUUUUUUAAACUUUCCUUCAGUUCCAUAGCCCAACCUUCAAGCACUGCUGUGAGUGGCACCGAUACCUGGGAUCAACGUUCAUCCUCUUUUCCUUUACCCCGUGGCUGCCCCAUUACCGAACCUCUCUUCUCUCAGUUAUUGGGCAAACAUCUCAAUUUUUUUUUCAAGGUAGAUAGGGAGUGUGUUCUUACUUUCUUUUUUUUUUUUAACUUUUCGUUUUUCGGCCGUGCCACAUGCCAUGUGGGAUCUUAGUUCCCCAACCAGGGAUCAAACCCACGUCCCCUGAAUUGGGACCGUGGAGCCCUAACCACUGGACCGCCAGGGAAGUCCCCUGUUCCUACUUGCCAUGUGUCUUCGACGGCCCCCUCACCGGCCUCCCCAGGUCCACUCUUCAUCCCACUCCCAUUGUCCACUUAGCCCUCCAUGAAAACCUUUCCAGGACCACCCACCAUACCGAUUCCUCCCUGUGACAUGAGCCAGCCCCUCCCCUUCUCUGGGGCAAAAGCUCGGACCCUAGGAGCCCCCAGUCACCAAGCUGCACCCUGUGAUUCUAGAACCUGCAGUUACUGCCUCAGGGCCUUUGCACGACCCGUCCCUGCCAUCGAGAACAUGCUCAGGAGGCUGACCAUCCUCCGUUCUUGACCUUCACGUCCCGCAUCCACUAUGACCCCACCCCGCACCUUGCACACGUCCGCCUUCCAUCACCUGGACCGCUUGUAUUUUCUUCCAGGCAUCCGGCACUCUUGGCAAUCUUCUCAUUUCUGGUGUCUAUUUACCGCUCUCUGGCCUGAGUCCCCUCCCUAUGACUCUGUCUGUCUUCUCUCUGUACUCAUCUGCUGAACGAUGAAAACAAGCACGGACAUUGAAUGAGUGUCCGUCCGAUGCCGAUGAACUCAUUUUACUCUGAAAACCCCAGCAGAUCACAAUUCCUGUCCCCAGUUCACAGGUGAGAAAACUGACACUUGUUAAGACAACAGGUCGCAGGGCUUCCCUGGGGAUCCUUUGGUUAAGGCUCCGCGCUCCCAACGCAGGGGGCCCGGAGUUCCAUCCCUGGUCAGGGAACUAGAUCCCACGUGCCACAGCUAAGACCCAGCGCAGCCAAAUAAGUAAAUAAAUAUAAAAAAAAAAAAACCCAAAAAAGACAGCAGGUCACCAUAAAUGCUUCGAAGGGAACAGAAGCCAGUGUUCCCAUAAAAACACCAAACCACAGCGGUGCCAGCCUGGGAACCAGGGCUCGCGCAGGGAAAUCUGGUGGCUGUGGGGACGAAGGGAAUGGGAUGCCCGUCUGACCACAGGUCUUGGUUGCCCACACUUGCUGGCUGCAUGGGGACCCCUGGCCUCAUUCUCACUCUCCUGUCCAGGUCCCAGGAGCAGCCCCAGCCCUGCCCCAUCUCCCUCCCUGGUCCCUGGUCCUCCUACACCAGGAUCCAAGGGAACCCUCCCGCCUGGUCCUGGAAGAGGCACAGCCACCAGAGUCCCGCUCACUGCCCUCUGGUUACACGUGUGGCUUCCCCAGACUUGCUGCCCUGCGAGGAUGCGGGGGGAUGCCAGAGGGAGAGUGGGGGCCUCCUUCCCCGCGCAGCAGGAAGCCGCAGGGCUCAGGCUGUGCAGUCCUGGGUCUGACCCACGGCGGGGGGGCAGUGCUGGUGUGAGGACAGCCUCAGUCUCUCCUUCCAUUUGGUCAAAAUCGCUUCCUGAGGCUGAGCUAGGUCUGGUGCCAGCUGACCUCUAGGUAGUAAGUCUUCUCAGACGCUGGAGGAUGUCUUACAGAUGCAUGCUACUCUCUCCCUCCCUUCUUUCCUUCCUCCUUCCUUCCUUCCCUCCUUCCUCCCCUCCUUCCCUCCUUCCUUCCUUCCCUCCUUCCUUCCUUCCCUCCUUCCCUCCUUCCUUCCUUCCCUCCUUCCUCCCCUCCUUCCCUCCUUCCCUCCUUCCUUCCCUCCUUCCCUCCUUCCUCCCCUCCUUCCCUCCUUCCUUCCUUCCCUCCUUCCUCCCCUCCUUCCCUCCUUCCUUCCUUCCCUCCUUCCUUCCUUCCCUCCUUCCUUCCUUCCCUCCUUCCUCCCCUCCUUCCCUCCUUCCCUCCUUCCCUCCUUCCUUCCUUCCCUCCUUCCCUCCUUCCUUCCUUCCUUCCUUCCUUCCCUCCUUCCCUCCUUCCUUCCUUCCCUCCUUCCUUCCUUCCUUCCCUCCUUUUCUUGGUGGAACCUUCACAGCUAGAGAGAAGCUCAGGAAAAACAUCACUGAGAAUUCACUUAGGUAACCACCG